AUGCCUCCACACGGAAAAAAAGCAACAGUUCUACCGAUCAGUAUUAUUUUUAGAUUUAUGCAACAAAAAUCUAAAGUUUCAAUCUGGCUUUAUGAAGAUGUUGUGCAUCGUAUUGAAGGACGGAUAAUUGGUUUUGAUGAGUAUAUGAAUCUGGUUAUCGAUGAGGCUGUUGAGAGAAAUCUUAAGACAAAUUCAGAAGUUCCUAUUGGUAGAAUAAUGCUUAAAGGAGAUAAUAUUACAGUUAUUCAAGAUGCAGAGGCGGCUUAG